CUCCUGUGGGUAUUCACCUGGUGAUUUAGUUUGGGCCAAGAUGGAAGGUUAUCCCUGGUGGCCAUGUCUGGUAUACAACCACCCAAUUGAAGGAACACUCACCAGAGGGAAAGGGAAAUCCUCUCGUAUCCAUGUUCAGUUUUUUGAUGACAGUCCCACAAGAGGCUGGGGUAGCAUUAAAUAAAUAAGGCCAUAUAAAGAUUCAGCAGACAAAGAAACACAGAAGGGAGGCAUGUUUUACAGUUCAAAGCCUGAAAUUAAAAGAGCAAUGAUCUUAGCAGACGAUGCUAUGCUUAAAGAUGCAAGAAAGCGGCUUGAGCUUGCUGUGUGCAAUGAACCUUCAGACACGGAAGAUGAGGAAAUGGAGGUGAGUGAAAGUGCAUCAGGCAACAGUGAGGAUUACGAGAGCGAAGAGGAAGUGAAAAAAAAUAAGCAAACAACUAGCCAGAGAAGAAGUGCUGGAAAAUCCAAGAAGAGAAGAGUGUUGGACUCUGACACUGAUAAUGAAGGUUCAGAUGUGGAGUUUAAGCCAGAUGCUAAAAAUGAAGCAAGCAGCGAUGAAGACAGCAGUGGAGUGGAUGAAGGUGAAUCUGGAGACUCUGAGCCAGACACAGAGAUGGAUGUAGAAAGUCCCGUUAAAGUUGCCCCUAAACGAAAGAGACUAGCCAUAAACAGACCAGCUAAAAGGAGGAGCUUGGAGAAUGACCUUCCCGAGGCACCCAAAAGAGUGGUAACUAUGUCUUCAGAAACCAAGUCCAAGCUGACAUCUUUUGCAGCACCUGAAAGCUUCGACUCUCAGCCAAACGCGGGCAGCGGAGGAGUUGGCAGUUCUGUGGAAUGGGAGCACGAGAAGUUUGAAUGGCUCCGUGAAGGAAAAAGGAGAGAUGGAUGCAGGAGGCGGCAGGGUGACCCCAGUUAUGACCCGUGCACCCUCUAUGUGCCGGAGGACCACCUGAACAAAUGUACCCCUGGAAUGCGAAAGUGGUGGCAGCUCAAGAGUCAGAACUUUGACUCUGUGAUUUUCUACAAAGUUGGCAAGUUCUACGAGUUGUAUCACAUGGAUGCUGUAACUGCAGUGAACGAGCUUGGACUGAUAUUUAUGAAAGGUACAUGGGCCCAUUCAGGGUUCCCAGAAAUUGCGUUUGGCAGGUUCUCUGAUGUUCUAGUUCAGAAGGGGUACAAAGUAGUCCGGGUUGAGCAGACAGAGACGCCUGAAAUGAUGGAGGCACGCUGCAAAUCCCUGGCUCACCCAACAAAGUUUGACAAGGUUGUACGAAGAGAAAUAUGCCGGGUAAUUACUAAAGGGACGCAGACUUACAGUGUUCUGGAUGGUGAUCCAUCUGAAAAUCAUAACAGAUACCUUCUGUGUAUAAAAGAGAAAGUUGAAGACUCUUCUGGUCAUCUACGUGUAUAUGGUGUCUGUUUUGUUGACACUUCUGUUGGCAAAUUUUAUGUUGGGCAGUUUCCAGAUGACCGCCACUGUUCAAGGUUCAGAACUUUGGUGUCACAUUAUACUCCUGUGCAGAUCCUGUUUGAGAAGGGAAACCUUUCUUCAGACACGUACAAAAUACUGAGAGGCUCACUGUCUUCUUGCAUGCAAGAAGGUUUGAUCUCAGGCUCCCAAUUCUGGAAUGCCUCUAAAACACUAAAAACUCUGCUUGAGGAGGGAUACUUCAAGGAUAAGGAAAAGUCUGAUGAUGACUGUACUCUGCCUCCUGUGAUCAAAUCCAUGACUUCAGAAAGCGACUCUCUGGGACUUACUCCUGGUGACAACAGUGAAUUGGCUCUGUCGGCUCUUGGUGGCUGUGUCUUCUACCUUAACAAGUGCCUUAUUGAUCAGGAGCUCUUAUCUCUGGCAAACUUUGAGGAAUACAUUCCUGUGGACAUUGAUCUGACCAAAGCUACUGGAUCAAGUAGUUUCUUUGCAAAAACUAGUCAGAGGAUGGUAUUGGAUGGGGUGACUCUAAUGAACUUGGAAAUCCUCCAGAAUGGAACUACUGGCACCAUGGAAGGAACGUUACUGGAAAGGAUGGACACUUGUUAUACACCCUUUGGAAAGCGACUCCUGAAACAGUGGAUCUGUGCGCCACUCUGUAAUCCUUAUGCUAUCAAUGAUCGUUUAGAUGCUGUUGAAGACCUUCUGGCAGUGCCUACUAAAAUGUCCGAAGUUAGUGAACAACUAAAGAAACUCCCAGACCUGGAAAGGCUGCUGAGUAAAAUUCAUAGUAUUGGAUCUCCACUGAAAAGUGAGAGUCAUCCGGACAGUCGGGCCGUCUUUUAUGAGGAAACCAAGUACAGCAAAAAAAAAAUUGCUGACUUUCUGUCUGCACUGGAAGGGUUUAAGGCAAUGAAUGAGAUCAUAGACAUGAUGGAAGAAACCACUGAUGAUUUCAAAUCCGAAAUACUUAAACAAGUAGUGACCCGCAAGUCUAAAACUCCAGAGGGCCGCUUUCCAGACCUCCACACAGAGCUUAAAAGAUGGGACACUGCUUUUGACCAUAAUCAGGCUCGAAAAACUGGGGUGAUCACACCAAAGUCUGGGUUUGACCCUGAUUAUGAUAAGGCCUUGCAGGAUAUAAAAGACGUGGAAGAGGAUCUUCGGGAAUAUUUGAAUAAGCAGCGCAAGCUACUUGGAUUCAAAACUAUGCUGUACUGGGGGGCAGGCAAGAAUCGAUAUCAAAUAGAAAUUCCAGAAAGCGUAGUGACACGUGGCUUGCCUGAAGAGUAUGAAUUGAAGUCCACCAGAAAGGGUUACAAACGCUACUGGACCAAGGAGAUCGAGACGAUGCUGGCUGACAUGAUGAAUGCUGAGGAGCGGAGAGAUGCGGCUGUGAAAGAUUGCAUGAGGCGACUCUUCUACAACUUUGAUAAAAACAACAAAGACUGGCAAACAGCAGUGGACUGUUUUGCUGUCCUAGAUGUCCUGCUGUGCUUUGCUAAUUAUAGUCGAGAUGGUGAAGGACCAAUGUGCCGACCUGUGAUUCUGCUGCCAGAGAACAAUGUUCCACCCUUCUUGGAGCUUAAAGGUUCCUGCCAUCCAUGCAUUACAAACACUUUUUUUGGGGAUGAUUUUAUUCCCAAUAAUAUUGUGAUAGGCUGCAAGGAUGAAGAUGAAGAGAGCACUAGUGAAGCCUACUGUGUUCUAGUAACUGGCCCAAAUAUGGGUGGCAAAUCUACACUCAUGAGACAGGCUGGCCUCCUGGUAAUAAUGGCUCAGUUGGGAUGUUACUUACCAGCCGAAGCUUGCAGGCUUACUCCUGUUGACAGAGUGUUUACACGACUAGGUGCCUCGGACAGAAUUAUGUCAGGAGAAAGCACCUUUUUUGUUGAGCUGAGCGAGACUUCCAGCAUACUCCAGCAUGCAACAGAGCAUUCCCUUGUGCUUGUGGAUGAACUAGGUAGAGGCACAGCUACUUUUGAUGGAACAGCAAUAGCAAGUGCAGUCGUUAAAGAACUUGCAGAAAAUGUAAAGUGCCGCACAUUGUUUUCAACACACUACCAUUCAUUAGUAGAAGACCAUUCACACAACGAUGCUGUGCGGCUAGGACACAUGGCAUGCAUGGUUGAAAAUGACAGUGAAGAUCCAAGCCAGGAAACUAUUACAUUUCUGUAUAAAUUCACUAAGGGAGCUUGUCCUAAAAGCUAUGGUUUUAAUGCAGCAAGGCUUGCUAACAUUCCAGAGGAAAUUAUUCAGAAUGGUCACAGAAAAGCAAGAGAGUUUGAAAAGAUGACGCUUUCACUUAGAAUGUUUAGGUACCUUUGUUUGAUGGCAGAGGAUGCAACAGAAGAUAAAAGUGCUGUUCAGAAACUGAUGAGACUGAUCAAUCAUCUUUAAGCUAUCGCAGCAAGUUUUAUAGUGGCGGUUCUUAAAAAGGUGGUAUGCAGACACUGUUAUGAUCUAAUAAACUUUAUUUUUUAAAAAUGA